AUGGGUGUUACAGAAGUGACUAUCAAAAUUCCAACCAAAUUUACAUUUACUCCUUUUGAAUAUUGUACCUCUAUCUAUCGAUUACUUUCUCGAAUCGUGAAUUUUCAGAAUAAUUUGAUCAAGAAUUUGAUGAAUAAUUCAUUUCAUGAUAUUGAUAUCAUCACGGAAGGGAAUAAUUCAGCAAGUAAUUCCUUCAAAUUGCUACAAAUUUAUCCAACCAACAGGAAUAGUAGGGAAUCUAUUAAUUUAUUGACCUUUUAUAUAUCUACGGAAUGUUUGAAGAAAUCUUUGGAUGGGAAAUAUUCGGAAAGUCUUUGUUAUUAUUCUCCUCUUCAGAAAUUUAAUAUUGAUUUUACAAAUUAUCAAAAUCUUACUCGGGAGACUUUAUUUAAAAUUAUAAUGACAUGUGAAUCAAUUAAUGAAAUAUCUGAAUGGGAUAUGGACAAGAAAUUGGUAGAUAUCAGUUCAGAGCAUCCAGAGACAAUAAUCAAUUCAGUAUUUCCUUUACUAUUUGGAUUUGAAAAGGGGAAGAGUGAUUAUUUUACACCUAUGGAAAGUGUGAUUGAUAAUUGUAUUCGUAAUUUUCUUAAAUCUGCUACCGAUUCCGAUGAUGAACAUGAAGAAGAUUUGCAGAGUUUCAUGUUGGAGAGUAGUACUGAACCGAAUAUGAUCAUCGGAUCGGCACGAGUUGAAGCAGAUGAUGAUGAUCACCAUCAAGAACCCUAUAAACAAUACUUGUCAUCAAUUUUAGAUGAAAUUUCGGAUGAAUCAUCCAAUGAUGAUGAAAGUGGUGUCGAUGAACAAAAUCAACAAAAGAGAAAUGGAGCAGCAGCAUUGGUGAACAAACAAGCAACAAGUAAGAAACGAAAAAUUACUGUAAAAACAAUAUUGAGAGAUGAUGGACCAACACAAAUGGUUACUACAGGUGCUAGUGGCCAUAAACAACAAGAAGAUAAUGAUGACAAUUACUACUCGGAUGAAUUUAUGGAAGAGGAGAAUGAAGCAAUUUUCAUGUCAAAUCCGUAUGCUUCAUUGAUGCCCUCCUCAUCCAACAGCACACCAACAACAACAUUGGAAAACAAUGAAAAACAAAGGAAACCAAAUUCGAAUACUGCAAACACUGGUGGACAACAAUCACUCUACUUUUCACCGUCGAAUAUUUUGUUGGAUAUGAAAUUAGAAGAUUCUGAACGAUUUGAAAUUCUAAAGCAAGCCAGUGUUUUGGAACAGACUAAAUAUCAAUUGCAGAAAUUGUUCAUUCCCUAUGAUCCAUCGAAUAAGAGAGCUUCAUUGAAUAAUCAACAACUUUCGAAUAAUCAUCAUGUAACUCAUCAUCACCAUCAUCAUGGAAGAAAACAUCAAGAUUUGGUAACAGUUCUCACAGUACCAUCCGAAGAGGAAUAUGAAAAGAAAAAGAUACUCCUGAGAACUCUUCGUGUUAAGCACACUGACAAGGUCAUUGACUCAAUUUUAAAUUCACCACAUUCUUCAGCAGUUUCUUCUUCUUCUUCUGAUAAUGAGGAAGAGGACUACAGAGGUAAUGAAAUUGCAAAUAUUGUAAAACAUGCCAGAAACAACAAGUUUGACUCUGAUGAUGACAAUUUAUCCACUUCAACAACUUCUGAAAUGGGAUCGGACUAUAUUCACAAUCUCAUCAAUAAUGGUGAUAUAGAAGAUGAUGAUUCAUUGGCAUCAGAUGAUUAUGAUCCAGAGGCACUUCAACAAGGAUCAAUCAGUCGUCAAAAUUCCUCACAACAAUUAGUCAAAAAUACUGAGGAAGCUAGAGCUCUGAUAACAGCCAUGAGAAAGAAGAAUAUCAAGGAUUUGAAGGAAUUCAAUUCUAUUGAUAAUUGGAAAGAUUAUUAUGGAGGGGUAGUGGCUCACAACCUGUCCAUGAUUAAGCUCGACAUGAUCAAAUCAAUUAAUGAAUAUUUGGAGUUGCAUCGUCAAGAAAUUGGUAUUUGUAAAGUAAUCAAAGUUUCCUCUACCAUUUUGGCUAUUGGUACAUCUAAUGGAACAACAGUUAUAUUUUCCAAUAGCAGCAGUAAGGUAGCUCACUUGAAAUUGACCAAACAAGGAAAGGGAACACCAACAAAGAAUCCACAACCAAUUGUAAAUCAAUAUAACAGUGUAACUUGUAUGGAUAUUACAUCGACAGGAAAUUACGUUGUUUGUGGCUAUGAAUACGGUGAUAUAGCCUUUUGGAGUAUUCAAAAUGGUGGUGAGUUAAUCAAGAGAAUUAAUGGUAAAGGAGAGGAAAAUGUAAAUAGUAAUAGUUCAGAGUUCAUGACACCAGUAGAUAAUAUUCAAUUUGUAAAAAAUAAUCCUUUCAAGGUACUUGUUUCUAGUCAAGGAGCUGUCAAGUUGAUAACACUCAAGGAAAAGUUAAUCAAAUUGGGAGGAAAUUCAUACGUGUAUGAUAGUUUACGAGUCACUGAUGACAAUUUUGAUAGAGUAGUCGAUGUGAAAAUUCUUGCAGAAGGAGAAGCUUAUCACGCUAGUAAUGAUUACCUUGUUGUUGCUAUGGCAACAAGUAUGGGAGUUUUUGUAAUGGCUCUUGAACCAUUCGUAAAGAUUCUUUGCUUUUUAUCUAAACCUGAGGAAGUUUCUCCAACCACACUUCCCUAUCUGUCUUGGAGAAAAGUUUUGGCUCCAAUUCAGCUGGCAACCUCCCACGAAACUACACUCAACCAAAUUUUAAGACUCAAUAAGACUAAACCACCUCUGUUAGCUAUUGCUUGGGGUAAUAUUUUGAAUAUUUUCCAAUUGGAGGUGGAACCUCAACCAAAAGGAUCAGUUCCAAACGACAGUGUAAAUAGUGAAAUGUUCAGAGUUUCAUGUAUGGAAUUUAAGAAUGAUUUGAUUGGAGCAUUAUGGUGUGGAGAGCAAGUCAUGCUUUUAUUGGACAGAGAGCAUCAACUGCUUGUUGUUGAUCCAUUCGCAACAAAGAAUGUCGAAGAGAGAAAGAUUACAUUCGAAAUACCAACAAAAGCUACACAGGAGAAGGUAAUUUCAACUCACCACCUAACCUAUCACUCCAGAUUCGAUGUAAAGAGUAAUGAUGGAAAAUUUACUCUCCAUCCUGUUCCAUCUUUUCAUUCUACUCUUUGUACUAGAGCUUCAUCUGUUGAUGGAGUUGCCUAUUUAUUGUGUGAUAACGAUAUGAAUAUUAAUAAUCAAGUUGUUAUCACUGUAAAAGUGUUGAGUUGGAAGGAAAGAAUUGAUCAGCUAUUGGAUAUGGGAUCUUGGAAUCAUGCACUCAAGAUGGCUCUCAAUUUCUAUCAAGGAAGAGGUAUUGCUGUUAUUGGUCUGCCAACCGAUUCCAGUCUCAGAAAACAAUUGGCUGGUGAUGUUAUUGGAGAUAUUUUACAGGGCUAUGUAGAUUAUUAUACUUCUCAAGUUAACACUCCAGGAGAUCAAGAUGAAAUGUCUGAUAAUGGAAUUGAUGAGUAUUAUACAGAACUUGCCAAGACAUGUAUUAGGUAUUCGAUAGAGAUUGAAAAAUCUGACAAGAUUUUCACAACCUUCUAUGAAAUAUUUAAAGGGAAAAACAAGGAACGACUUUUCAUUUCAAUUAUUCAAGAGUAUAUCAUCAAAGGUUUAUUAAUAUCGAGCGAGUCUGAAAUUGUUAUUGUUCCCAAUAAUUUCGUGGAUAAGAUUAUUCAACAACAUUUGGAAAUUUAUCAAGCUUCUAACAUGCCAGCUCUCGAGAAUUUCCUUCUUUGCUUGGAAUAUAAUGAUCAUUUGAGUACGGAUGAGUAUGCCAAUGUAGAAUUUUGCAAACAAUUAAUUGAAAAGUGUAUUAGACUGAGAAUGUUCAAAGCCAUGGUUAUUAUUUACAAUAAGGGAUUGGACGACUAUGUUACUCCGCUUAAAGAAUUAUUGACCAUUGUUUUUGAUCCAAAUAAUAAUUCGCAAGGAGACAGGCCUGCAUGUAUUGAGUUGGUUUUCGAAUAUUUGGAAAAGCUAUUCAUUCAAGGAACUUCCAUUACGAAUAAUCGUAUUUCUGCUGGACUUCUCUAUGACAUCAAACUCCAAGUUUUGAAUACCAUCUUUAAAGCCAAUGAGAAUAUUAGAGACCAAUUCUCUAGCUCUGCAAUGCCAUUCAAGUCAUCAGCGCUCUCUAAGAACUUUUCCUACAAGAAGUAUUACAUGCUCUCUCGGCUGCUCAUCUUAUCUGCCAAGAGAUUCUUUGCUUGGUUAGAAAAGGUCAACAAUGAUAGUUCUUCAUCUAGUUUAUGGUACUCUACUGAGGAAAAGGAGGUUUUAGCUCAUCCACUAUUCAAGCCAAUCACCAAACAAGAGUUAACGAAUUGUUUGAUUUAUAUUUUCAGCUACUUGUCUGGAAUUGAAAAUCCUUUCUCUCCGUGGGAAAUGAAAACAAAGAAAUUUACCAUAGAGGAGGAACAAUCACCACAAGCACAUUGGGCUCCAAAUCUAGAAGAUACUGUCUACUUUUCAUUAUUCUUAGCUGAACAAUUGUCCAAGUCUGGAAAACAAGCUAUUGAUAAGAAUUCAAUCUUUGUCUCUGUGGAUACUCUUCAUAGAAUUUUUUCCACGUUAUGUUAUGAAGGAAACUUGUUUGAUGAUGAUAUUGCCACCACACAAUUGGAACUGGUUGAAAUUUUAACCAAUGCUCAUCAUAUUAUUGACAGAGACAUUUCAAAGGAGCUAAUUAACAUUGAAGAGCUGAUAACAUCAUGUAGAAAUUCCAGAUUUCACAAGGUCCUCAUAUAUCUCUACUCUUUGAAAGGAGAUUACGAAAAGUUAUUGGAUGCCUAUUUGGCAGAUAAGGAGUUACGUGGUGGAGUUUUUACAUUCAUCAACAAUCUCACCAAAGUAGAAUCGAACUAUACAAAAAGAGGUGGAGAUGUUGUUGGAGCUGUUAAACUUUACUUGGAAAAGGUUGAUGAAAAGUUGAGAGAAUUGUGUGAAAAAUGUGUCUCUGAAGAAGAUCGUUUCACAAAGAGCAUUAAUUUAGCUGAACUACAACAAGAUUAUUACAAUUCCACACAACAACAACCUAAUGAAAAUCAUGAUGAAGGAUUGAAUGGUCCUCCAAUAACUGAUCUCUUUUACCUUCUCAAGGAAUUUGAUUCCAAGUACAGAAAUUAUUUACAAAUCAAGUGGGAAGAAUUACAACAACAACGAAAAAUCAAACUCUCCAAAGUAAUGGAUCCAAAUCUUGAAAAGAAACAACAGAUUGAUGAUAAGGAUGAAUUGAAAGCUUGGGCUCAAAAGAUGGUUUCUGUUGUGACAGCUUUCACAACCUCAUCAGCUUCAGAGACUGACGAGUCUACGGUCGUACAAGACAUGACAGCCAUGAUUGUUAGCCCUAAUAGCUUAUCCAAAGGAAGGAGAAGAAUUUUAGAAGUCCAAUUCUAUUCUAGUAGUGUAAUGGGUAUUCUUCAAUCAGAAAUUUAUGAAAAGUUCAAGCAGCUAAUUAUUGAAAUUGUCAACAUGUGCAAGAGAAAUAUUGAUAACGGUAGAUUAUCUGAUAAGGAAGUUGAAAAAUUGUGGUUUAAUUUGUUGGACAAACUUGUGGUGCCGCUUCGUGAGUUAUUCGAAUCCUACUGUAAAUCUUCAACAGAUUGUGAACAAAACUUGAAAGGUCAAGCAGAACCUACAACAACAUCAAAAAGCUCUGAAAAAGCAAAAAAGAGGAAGAAACAUGAAUCGAGUGAUGAUGACUCUGAUGAUGGAGAAAGGGAUGCUCUGAACGAUUCAAUGACCUUUAUGGAUGGUCUCAGUGAUGAUGAGGAUAUUACAAUUGAGGAAAAUAUUAAUGAUCACAAGGAAAUGAUUGCAUCAUCAAUUAGAGAAAAGGAAAAACUCCAAGAAAAGGUCAGAUAUGAAUUUGAUCCUGUAGUUACCAAGGAAACCUAUGAGAAAAUUAAUAGAAUUGAGAAAAGAUUGGUUGCUUUACGAAAUUUCCUUGCCGAUUUGGAAUAUGAAAAAAAGAGAGAGGACGAGAGAAUGAUGAGAGAAGCAACUGAUCCACUAGCUCCAAAGAAUUUAAAGAAUAGACCUAGCAACUUGUUCCUUCAAGUGUGUUUGCAUCAUUUACUCAAAUUGGUAUUCACUGAAAUGUCCAACUCUUCAUCAAGUAUUCAGGAUGAGAAUGAUGAUUCACAAUCAACGAGUAUUGAGGAAAAACAUCAAAGAGAAAAGAAAUUUUCAGUAUUCCACUUACUUCAACAAGCUGCCAAGAAUUACAAGAAGGACUUGUAUGGUUACUUCAAAGAGCCUCUAUUAGACAUGUAUGACAAGUGUGGAUUUGAGCUCAUGCUUUAUCACUCAAUUAAUAGAUUAUUGGAAAGUGACGGCUUCUGGCUUCACAGAAGAAGAUUUAGAAGAACCAGAAGGGGUAUAAGGCCUAAAUCAAACUAUUGUAGAUUGUGUGAUUGUUCGAUUUAUGAUUUAGAUGAGGAUAACACAAAGGGUGGAAAAUUGAAAGUAUUCUAUUGCGGACAUGCUUUACAUGAACAUUGCUUGGAUGAAAUUAAUUGUCUCAAUAGAUGUCCUAUUUGUUCCAAGAUGGACACUGAUUCAGCCAUUUUGGAGAGCGACACAAAGAAAUCAUCUCAUGAGUUGGAAAAGAAAAAGUCAAUGACUGGUUCUUCUCUUCUACAUAAUGCCACUCUUGAGGUAUUGGAUAUUCAAAAGCUAAAAAGCAACAAGAACGAAAUAUAGUUCAAGAAUUGGUUGUAGAUAAUGAUGAAGCCAAUCAAGAACAACCAGCCACUGCCACCAGGAAGAGUAGAAAGACAACUCUAGCAAUUCAACCACCAACAGUCAGAAAGACCCUCAAAUUGGACUUUAUUCCAAAAGGUAAAACACAAAAGGAAGAACCUGUUGAGGAAGAAGAAGAAUAAAUUAUUUAUUUAC